AUGCGACGUGGUUCUCUGACAAGUAUGCUAAGCGAGUUUGUUGGAUUUCAACGAACUCCAGAUUUUCGAUUGAGUUGGACAAGUAAUUUGGAAUUGAAUGAAGCUGUGAAAGUCGAGAAACGAACAUUCAAGGUAACUAAUUUUUCAAAAAAUUUGGAGACUAAAUUUAUUUUCUUUGCAGGAAGCAACUCCGCCGAAUCCAAAACCAAGACAACGUUAUUUGUCAGAAGGUGAUAUUCGAGUUUGCUCGCAUCCAAAUGGAGAAGUUUCUCAAAAUCCAAGAGAAUUCAAAAGAGCUUUGAGUGAAAAACCACAAGUGGUUAGUUUUUUUUUCAAUAGAUUAAUUGAUUAUGAAAAUACAUAGACUUUUCAGGUUCGUGUAUCUUCAAAUACUUGUGGUGGAGAUGUCAAAGUGAUAAUGAGAGUCAAUAAAAAUCAAGAAAAGAAACGAGAUCGACCAACAAGUUUGAUUGAAAGAAUUCGAAGGAAGAUAAGUUAUACAAAAACUGGAGCAAUUUAUGAAUCUGAUGAAGAGAAAGAAGAAAUCCCAACACAAUGCAAUUUUCCACGAAGAAGAGAUUCGACAAGAUCUGAGAAGUUAUUUAUUCCAAUCACUGAAAUACAUCCAUCAGCUGUUCCUAUUCGAAUUGUUCAGGUCUCAAAUUGA